AUGCCAAAGAAUCCUGAAGAUAAAAAGUUUAAAUUUGAGACCGAGGUCAACGUCAUCGCUACAGGCCAAGUUGGAAAGGGCACGACAUUUACGGCACAGGAAAUUGAAAAGCUAUCUCAGUCAAAGAAGAAAGACAAAAGACCCAAACCGACGGCCUCCAAAGUCUAUGGCAAUAGGAUUGUCUUUAAAGACAAAGUAGCUGGUGGCGAAAAACAGAGGAAAAAGAAGAAGUUGGCGUUCUCAAACUUCAAACUCCUUUCUCGCUCUGCCAAUGACGGGCGCAUCGUAUUUGUGCACUAUGAAAAGGACCAACGUGGCUAUUACAUUGUCAUGGGUCUCAAGGAUUCCGCUGCAGCUGAAAAAUUUGUCAAGGCAGUUCAGAUGGGGAAUGGGAAUGUGAAGAUACUCGAGGAUGAAGACGAGUCUCCCAAAGAAGAUGCUCCUUCGGUCAACAUGUCAACCACCUCAAAACGUGACCAAGAUACUAACGAAUGGAUUAAUAAAAGCUUUUCAGAAAUGAGUGUUUCUCAGAGUCGUAAUUCUCCGCAGAGAGUUGAAGAGUUCCACUCCUAUAAUCCCACGAAGCGCACUCACACCCCAACAACACCAGCAGUUAGCCGAACUCCCAGACAGUGCAGCCCUGACAGGCGAUACAGUCCAUCUCUAUUCCAGAUCUAUGGUGUACCGGCCAAGGAGACCUAUAUUUCAACGGGGGAUGAUAAUGAAAGCCAGGCCUCCUUUGACGGCAAUGACGGUGGCUCAGAGCGUAUGCGUUAUCCGUCACCGCGGGUGCCCCCUGCUGGAUAUCAGAGGUUUACUCCAGGUCCAAAUGUAGAGUACCACCGCAAGGGCCCUGCAACCUACAGUAGCGAUAGAGACGAGUGGCUGGAAGACGCAAUCAACGCUGAGCGUCGUUCCCGUCGGGGAAAGUCUAGCCUGGUUACUCCGCCCACCGAUGCGCAAAGGAGGAUGCUAGUGUCACCAACGUACUCUAAUCGGGCCCGCAGUGCGUCACGUCAAAGCUCCCGUUCAAGGCGAAGUUCCCGGCCCAAGCAGAUUCCCCUCUCGGAGGAUGAACGCGACUCAGAGAGUUCUGGAAGUAGCGAUGAGGAUGAGGAGGAGUUUUCUUUGUCUUCCAGCUCAGUUACCAUCAACGACGGCGACUUCGAGCCGGCAGAGGAGGCAGAAGACGAUAUGGACAUGAAUAAUCAUUCUUCAAUGAGAAUGCGGGAGGGCAGUCGAGCUCCUUCUGCUGCGACUUACUCCAGACGCUUGUAA